AAAUAUAAAUAAAUAAAUAAAUAACUCUUACUAAUAUCCAUUUCUACGACAUUUUUUAAUCUAUUUAUAUAAAACUGUAUAUGGUUUCUGAACAACACCAGAGGGAACUGCUUUUCUCAGCUUCAUUCUCACUGAAUCCACCAAAUCUACCGCCAUUUCUUCAACUCCACAGCUCAGAAAAACAGCCUCUUGGACCUUGGUUAUCAGUUUUGUGAUAUAGGUCAGCUCGAACUGAUAAUGAGUGAUAACACUACAUUAAGGAGUUGAGACUUCUGGCAAAACUUUACUCUGCAUCUUCUAUGCUGUCUAUUGUGAUUGAAAAUAUGGGCUCAUUCUGCAGCAGAAACCGUCACUACAAUGGAGCUGAUACUGAAGAGAAUGCACAGGAUGCAGAAAUCGAAAGGCGAAUUGAGCAAGAAACAAAAGCUGAAAAGCAUAUCCAGAAACUUCUACUACUUGGUGCUGGAGAGUCUGGGAAGUCCACAAUUUUUAAGCAGAUAAAACUUUUGUUUCAAACUGGCUUUGAUGAGGCAGAGCUAAAGAGCUACAUCUCAGUCAUCCAUGCCAAUGUGUAUCAGACUAUAAAAAUACUGCAUGAUGGAUCAAAGGAGUUGGCUCAGAAUGACACAGAUUCCUCGAAGUAUGUUUUAUCAAGUGAAAAUAAGGCAAUUGGCGAGAAACUAUCAGAAAUUGGAGGUAGAUUGGAUUGUCCACGUCUCACUAAAGAGCUUGCAUACGAGAUAGAGACUCUAUGGAGAGAUGCCGCAAUUCAGGAAACGUCUGCUCGUGGUAAUGAGCUCCAAGUUCCAGAGUGUGCCCAUUAUUUCAUGGAUAAUUUGCAAAGACUGGCUGAUCCAAAUUAUGUUCCUACAAAGGAAGAUGUUCUCUAUGCCAGAGUUCGUACAACUGGAGUUGUAGAGAUUCAGUUCAGCCCUGUUGGAGAAAAUAAGAAAAGUGGUGAAGUAUAUAGACUCUUUGAUGUUGGAGGCCAGAGAAAUGAGAGGAGGAAAUGGAUUCAUCUAUUUGAAGGUGUUACAGCUGUAAUUUUUUGUGUUGCCAUUAGCGAGUAUGAUCAAACACUCUUUGAGGAUGAAAACAGGAACAGAAUGAUGGAGACCAAGGAACUCCUUGAGUGGGUCCUGAAGCAACCUUGUUUCAAGAAAACAUCCUUCAUGCUGUUUCUAAACAAGUUCGAUAUAUUUGAGAAGAAGGUUCUAAAAGUGCCACUAAACGUAUGCGAAUGGUUCAAGGAUUACCAGCCGGUAUCAACGGGAAAACAAGAGAUUGAGCAUGCAUAUGAGUUUGUGAAGAAAAAAUUUGAGGAGUUGUAUUUUCAGAGCACUGCUCCUGAUUGUGUAGACCGGGUGUUCAAGAUCUAUAGGACCACUGCCCUUGAUCAGAAGCUUGUGAAGAAGACUUUCAAGCUUGUAGAUGAGACUUUGAGACGGAGAAAUCUCUUUGAGGCUGGCUUAUUAUGACCACACAGCAAGAUCUUAGGCAAAAAAAAAAAAGAAAAGAAAGUGUUUGUUGAUUGAACAACUUCAUCAGAUUUUGGGCAUUAAGGUCAAGUGUACUAAAUAGUAAAUAUCAACUCGAUUUUUGAUAUCAGCAUUUAAUUACAAUUAUAUUCUGUUCAA